AUGCAAAAUAUUAGAGUUUUCCAGUCGUUACAGCCUGAAUGCUCAGGCUCAAGCCAUGUCACCAACCGAGAUUUCAGUUGAGAUUACAAGACAAACAAGAUAGAUACCUCUAGUUAUGGAAAUCAUGCUCGUUCUUCAUCACAACAAAAAUUUCCAAAGCAUCAUUUGAAGUCAAAGAGCAUCCUGAACCAGUGAAAUCGUUAUGAGAGUUUGAAGAAGUUAACACAAAAGAGUUCUAGCCCUCAGAUGUGUCGGGAUGACACUUUGCUGUACCAGAAAUCCAACCAAAAUCUGAGUGUAGUGUCCAAAAAUUACUAUGGCAUGAAAUUAGCUAGCCCCCAUAGUGCUGUGCUUUCUUACUCAAUUAAGAAGGAAACCCCCGCUAAUACAACAUCAAAAAUACUCCCUUCAGUGACUGAAGCUAGGCAAGUGAAGGCACUUUACUGUUCUAGUAUUCAAAAUAAGGAGAAAAUUAGAAAGAUUAAGAAAUAAAAAUUAUCAGCAUAAGAGGCAAAUCAGCUUGAGGGAAAGUCUAGACAAGAGAAGCUUAAGCACAAAAGGGAAGUUCUCCACUCGUGAGAGCAUCAUGAUCGACCAUCAAGUACCGACUCCACAGGAGUCGGUACUUGCAUCUCUUAAUACCCAGAAAGGGUCUCUAGAGAGCAAAUUCUUUGACAAAAGAGACAUCGAGCUUAGACACCUUCGUGAGAAGGUGUCUAAGCUUGAGGAAAAUGUUAUCACUCUAGAGCAAAUAAACUGGGAGCUACAAAAUUUCUGUCAAGAAAAUCCUGAUCAAGAAAUGGAUAAAACGCUUCAGUUACAAUCAGACAUCUCGGACCUCCUCAAUCCUCUUAAUCGCAAAACCUUGAUCAAAUCACUUCAGAACCAAAUAAGGAUCAAUAAGAAGAUUAAACAAAAGAAUGAAACUUUAACUGCAGAGAAUAAAAGAUUGAAAAACAAGUGUUUGUAUUACAGAAAUAUCGUCACAGAACUUCAACAUCAAAGCAAGCAUCCUGUCUUCAGACCUCCUUCCAAAGCCUCAGAUUUUCAGGACUCCGAUUUUGAUACACUUGAAAGAAAAUAUGAAAUUUUUGAAGAACUUGUUCUUCACGAAUACAAGCACUCAGAGAUGCUAAAAGCAGAUGAUCCUGAAACGGUGUUGAACCAGACUCAUGAGGUUUCAAACAUAGUUCUCUUUUUAGGAAAGCUCAACAAGUUAUUCACAAAGUUAAUAACUUGAAACUCUUUAAACAAUAUUAUGACUGAAAUUGAAGAGAUCCUGAAGCAAAUCCUGCACUGAAACAGAGUCUCCUUCCUCCUUAAAGAUGAAGAAGUUAUCAAAAUCUUUAAUGAAGAGGACAAGGGGUUAGGACAGAACAUUUCUAUUGAUAACUAUGGGUUUGUGCUUGUCUCCCCUAAUGCCAAAUUCUCAAAAAAGUCUAAAAUAAUCCGGUCUAGUCGGCUUCAGAAGCAAGAGGAAAGCAGUCUCUUCCAGCCAUGCUUUGAUGAUCUCGAGGCAGCUUUUUACGGCAAAGCAGAUAAAAAGGUUAUAUGUCAUUCGGUGUGUAAGAGCGAGAAGAUCAGGAAGAGUAAGAGGUUUGAUCCCUCUGCGAUCUAUCUGGUCAUUCAGUGAGAGAAACACAAGAGCGAUAAGACCAGGUUUAGCAUGAAUCAUCUCUACGCACUCAAUUUGUUCAAUACAAUGAUCAGUGAGUGCAUCGAGAAGACAAAGGUCUCUUUCAAGAUGAAUAUGAGAGAUAGAAUCUCAAAAAAUCUCCUGAGUAGCUUCAAAGAUGUGGCUUAUGAUAAGAAUUUAGCAUCGAUUCAUUUGUCUGUGGCAGACUCCUGAUCCUCUAUUUUUGAGGCGAAGAAGGCCAAUAUCUUCUUUGUUGAUCAUGAAAAUCCUAAAUUUAUGUAUGCUAUUACAACGGUUGGUACGGAUCCUGGAGGCACCAAGUUCAUCAGCACUUAUGCAAAAUACCCUGCUAGUUAUGGCUACACGGGACAUUGCAUUCAAACCCAUCAGAUAACUGUCUACCAGGAUGGAGUUAAGAAGUAUAGGAAGAACUCUCCAGAUGCUGAACUAGAGUACAUCUCUGAGAUUGACAACUUCGUUCUCGAAGCUGAUGUUCGAAAUGCUAUAUACGGGCCUUGUUUUGACCAGCACGGUAAGAUCCAAGGCGUCCUUCAGAUCAUCAACAAGGUGCAUUCAAGUGAAAGCUUCACUGAGGAAUGCUACCCUGAGAUGGAGUCCAUCUGAGGCGUCAUUGGUUCAGCAAUCGCUCAUGCUAACUCAGUCGACAACACCAUGAACAUGAAUUGGAAGAUGCAAGGGGUGAUGGAGAAAAUGGAUCUCAUCACUAUCAAGGGUGAUGACCUCUUAGCAGAUAGCUCUAAGACACUUGAGCAGUACCUCAUUGAUGCCAAAGACAAUUUCAACAAGAUCAAACGUUUGACGAAGAAAAAGUCCUCAUUCAGGAAGUAAAAUAUUCUGGAUUGCUUAAAUUUGUGGUUUCUACCAAAGUAUAUUUUCAAAAUCUUGAAAUCUAGGGAAAUCUUAUUUUAGGCUAAUAAUGGGAUUUCUUGGUGAUCUUCAACUACUUUGUAUUUUAGUCGUCUCCCAAAUGUAUGAAACCUGUUUGCACACUAGGAAGCUGAGACACCCUACUUGGCUUAGCAGCAAUUUUGGCAUUUUCGUGGGACAUUUGAGUUUGUGAACAGGUACAGAGAUGAUAAGGUG